AUGAGCAAGGAGACCUUCAAGGGCACCUUCCCGCGGGCAGACAGGGGUCGAGUCUACGAGAAAUAUGAGGAAAAGCACCGCGAGGAGAUUCUGGUCAUGCUCAGGGAGAUGGACAAUAAGCUCGGCCGCUGCUCAAUCAGCCUCGGGCACACAGCGUUCCAUUAUCUCUUCGUGGAGCGCAGGAUUUCAGAUGUUGAGAAUAUCAGCUCCGAGCUGUUGAGGCGGGUGGCCGAAGUUGACGCCGUUUCGUACAGCAGCGGACAACUUAACUUUGACGUUUCGAGGACCUACCUUUUCCUAGGUGCUGCACAGCAAGAGCAGGGAAAGCUGUGGGAAGCCUGGGCCAAUCUGGAGGCGUCAUUGAAUUUGCGUUGCCGCCCUGUUUCCGUUGGUGAACGGGAUCCCCUGUUGAACGCGAUCUUGGAAGCAUGGAUAUCUGUAGGAACAGCUCUCGGCGAAGAUGAUCGCGUUGCAGUCUGGGAGCAGCAGCAGGAUGCGAUAUCUUGUAGUCUAGAGCAGAUUGAUAGAAGAGAUCGAUAG